AUGGAAAAGAUAAAAUAAGACCAAACCAAAGAGCAAAUCGUCAUAAGAAAACUCAUUUCCGAAGCCGAAAUCGAUUAGGCAAUGAUGAUGAGAUUUAAUGAACUAAAAAAUCUACCAUACUAUAAGAAUUUGGAAUAGUUUUAUGAUGUGGAACUAGAGGCUGGUAGAAAUAUGUUUAACAAUGGUUAAGCUUGUGCUGCGUUCAAUGAAAAAGGUGAAAUUGUAGCUAUAGUAAUAGCUUUUGACCUUACUUUUGAACCCUACAAUAUUUCUAAAAGAUUAUUGAGAGGAACUGAAAAAUUGAGAUCUAUCAGAUAAGAUGCCAGAAAAAUCCUAAGUGCUCAGCCCGGUGAGUAUUGCUUUGUGGGAUAUAGUGUAGCAAGAAAAGAUUAUAGAAGAUAGUAAUUAAUCCAUAAGAUAUGUCUUAUUCUAUUUGAUGACCUUCUCCUAAACUUGAGAUUUAAACGUCUUGUCGUAAUUUCUGUGUCAAAAGAGGGCUUUUUGAGUUCAGUUAAACUUGGAUACAAAGUAUUAAAGUAUUAUGGAGCUUGGGAAGAAGAUGACAAAAAUGAAUACUACAAUGGCGGAGAAAUCAAAGAAGGUGUGACUUUUUAAGUUUUGAGUACUUUAGAUUCUGACAAGCAUUAGGAAUUGAAUCGAGCAGCCAAAUUAUGA